AUGUCUCUGUCCAAGAUUACUGGAUUGAUCCUCGGAUCCGCUGCCUUGGUGGCUGGUCACGGCUAUGUGAGCGGUAUCGUGGUUGACGACACUUACUACGGCGGAUACAUUAUCACCGAGUACCCCUACGAGAGCGACCCCCCUGAGCUCAUUGCCUGGUCAGAGGACGAGACUGAUCUGGGCUAUAUCGAUGGCUCGGAGUACGCCAACUCCAACAUCAUUUGUCACAAGGAUGCCAAGGCAGCUGCUUUGGAGGCGCCUGUCAAGGCUGGUGGCUCCGUUGAGCUUCAGUGGACUACUUGGCCCUCAAGCCACCACGGUCCUGUUAUUACCUACAUGGCCAACUGCAAUGGGGACUGUGCCGAUGUGGAUAAGACCACUUUGGAGUUUUUCAAGAUCGACCAGGGUGGUCUGAUCAGCGACACCGACGUGCCUGGUACCUGGGCGACUGAUAACCUUAUCUCCAACAACAACAGCCGCACUGUCACCGUUCCCAGCGAUAUUGCGGAUGGAAACUAUGUUCUCCGUCACGAGAUCAUCGCAUUGCACUCGGCUGAGGAGACAAAUGGCGCCCAAAACUACCCUCAGUGUAUCAACCUGAAGGUCACCGGCGGAGGUAGCGCCACUCCUUCAGGUACCCUGGGUACCGCCCUGUACAAGAACACCGACCCGGGCAUUCUGAUCAACAUCUACACUUCCCUAAGCACCUAUGAAAUUCCCGGUCCAACUCUGUACACUGCCGCAGCUACCACAGCUUCCACCGCUGUGUCUACCACUGCAGUAGCCACCACCAGCGCCGAGGUCACCAGCACCCCUGCCUCCGUGGAAUCAGUUGUACCCACAACCACCCUUAUCGCAUCCGUCAGUGCCUCCCCAACCCGGAGUCCCUCCUUCACCCCACCCUUCUCCAACUCCACUCGCGCAUGGCGUCCCUCUUUUAGCCGCCAGCCCAGCUCCCCCAGCUUCACCUCUGCUCCUGCUCAGUUCACUGCCCCCAGCGCUGCUGAGCAGCACCAGUCUGCCACUGCUACCCCCACUGUGAUCACUUUGACCGAGACCAGCACCUCCUGGGUCACUGAGCUGGUUACCCUUACUGACAAGUCUGUUGUGCAGACCACCAGCGCUGUCCCGGUCGCCGUCGCCGUCACCACAACCGUCACUGAGGGAAGUGAGCCUACUCAGACAUCCUCUGCUAGCGUUGCCUCUGGAUCUACUUCCGGCUCUGGAAGUGGAUCUGGCUCUGGCUCCGAGUCCUCCGGCUCCGGCUCCGGCUCUACCAGUUCAAGCUCAAGCUCCACAUCCACCGAAUCGGACUACGUCUCCAGCGACUGGACUUCUUACCUCAGCUCCCUGAGUGCCUCGGAGGUUCUUCAACUGCUGCGUCAGACUUUCAAGUGGCUGGUUAGCAAUGAUAAGGUGCACGCCCGUGACAUUUCCAUCUCGAACUAG